AUGGAAGGAGGAGGAGGAGGAGGUGGUGGUGGCCGUUUUAGCCAUCAAAAUUUACAAAACAACCGUUCCAUCUAUCAACCAACUCCACCAUUAACAGCCACAGAUAGCUUUUUAUUUUGUCAAAGCCAUUACACACCCCAAAAUAUUCAAAACGAUGAUAAAAGCAAAGAAACCCUUGUUUCAACAAAUGGGCUGUGUGGUUUUUCUCCACCUAGUGGUGCAAUUGGUGCUGUUCCUUGGCAAAGUUUUUCAGAGACAAGUUUUGUCGAUGGGCUUUUUGUUGAUGGAGAUAGCCUUAACCGCGCAUAUGAUGGAAACCCUAAUGGGGGUUUGAGUGGAGAAGUGAAUAAUGUUUCAGGGAAGAGUUGUAAAGGGAUAGGAAAGAAAACCAAGAAAGGAUCUUGUGCAACUUUGAUCAAGGGGCAGUGGACAGAAGAAGAAGAUAGGAAACUAAUUAGGUUGGUGAAGCAAUUUGGAGUGAGAAAAUGGGCUCAAAUAGCUGAAAGGGUGGCUGGUAGAGCUGGGAAGCAGUGUCGUGAGAGGUGGCACAACCAUUUGCGGCCUGAUAUCAAGAAAGAUAGCUGGAGCGAAGAAGAGGAGAUAAUAUUGGUCGAAGCUCAUACUAAAGUUGGGAACCGAUGGGCGGAGAUUGCAAAGCUUAUUCCAGGAAGAACAGAAAAUGCUAUAAAAAAUCAUUGGAACGCUACCAAAAGAAGGCAGAAUUCAAGGAGAAAGCACAAGCAAACAGAAAGCCAAAGUGGAAAACCUCAACCCUCAAUACUUCAGGACUAUAUUAGAAGCAAGAACCUUAAAAAUGCUUCAACUUCUGUUACCCCUACACAAAGCACAACCACUAACACCCCAUCAAGCUCCAUAUCUGAAGACCCGUCAAGCCAAUUCAACUAUUUUCUCCCUGAAUUAUCUGAAUCCGCCUCGGAUGACUCUCCAUCAUUACUUGCACAAUCAUGUAAUGAUGAUGAACUUCUGUUCAUCCAAAAUUUCUUUGGCAAUAAAUCCAAAGAGCCAUCAUCAACAGAUAAGGUUGCUACAGAGAAUCCAAAAAUAUUGGAGGUGGACAACUUCAAUGCGGAUUCUUUUAAUGACUCCUUGGAUUCCUGUGGUUUAUAUCAAAACAAUGGAUGUCAGCAGCUCAAAGAUUUAAGUGACAAUGACUUUGAUAUUUCUACUUUGAAUCCGAAGCUGUGCACCAACGGUUUCCAAGCAGUAACAGAUCAGCAAACACCCACUUAUAACCACCUCCAUUCUGAUCUCUACCUUUCGUAUCUAUUGAAUGGAGCAAGUAAUGCUCCAGGUUCGUCUUAUACUGAAUAUGGAUACAGUAGCACGAACAUGGACAUGGAGAUGGAUCAAACACAUCCUCUCAAUGGAAAGAAGGAGAUGGAUUUGAUAGAGAUGAUUUCUUCUUCUCAAUUCUCUCAGGGUAUUGACAAUAUAUAG